AUGCGGAGAGCCAUGGCUUCGAACCUCUGCCCGCCGUCCCCGCUGCUCGUGCGGGUGUCGCAUCCCGGCACCCGCCUUACAUGGAAGCUGGAAAAGUACUUCCAGAGCCGGGAGUCGGGCGGCGGGGAGUGCACCGUGCAGGCCCUGGACCGCAACGACCCCAACUCGGACACCUUCCGGGUGCAGUUCGUGCAAAGGGCGAGUAAGGAGGGAGUGUUGAAGAAAGGAAAGCACCAAAUUGUGGUUGCCGACAAACCUGUGACUGUUUUCCUGGAACCCAAUGAAAAUGCAGUAGAGAAGAACACCAGGAUGUCUUCUUUGACACAGUCACGAAAAGGGGCGAGGCCUGGUGAGAAGCAUCCAAAUGAAAAGGACAUUUCUAGCAUUGUGGAUUCCUGUGUCCAGAAGAUCUUUCUUACUGUCACGGCUGACCUGAACUGUCACCUGUUCUCUGAAGAGCAGAGGGAACACAUCGCCAUUCUCUGCCCCAAUGUCGAACGAGUGAAGGGCCAUGAAGGAAUUGAGAAAGUGCGCGGUGACUUCAGAGAUAUUGAAAAAAUACAUGGCUUCUUGAGUGAACACCUCCUGGAAAAGGAGCAGAAACGAGAAUCUUCCCCUUUGACAACAGAGAGGGAGCCACUCGAUCAGCAGGACGGGAACAGCGGUGUUUCUCCCUCUGAACCAAAAACCAGGUCGGAAGAAAAAAACAACCGUUUUGAAGUUCCCUUGGCUCUCUUUGAAUACUUCACAUACACCUGCCCUGGUAAAAUAUACUCAAUAGAGAAAAGAUUUGGUACAAAAAUAAAAACUCUGAAGAGUUCUCUGAAUAUGGUCUAUUUAGACUUCACCUCAAGUCAAUCAGGUAACCUCGAAGCAGCUCGCGAGUCUUUUGUCAGAGCAUUUCAGAAGAGUGUGGAGACGCUGAAGCAGGAAUGCGUUGCUCUGGCAGACAGUGAGCAGGCACACAAAAUCAAACAGGAAUUAAAUCACCAGUUUACAAAGCUCCUCAUAAAGGAGAAGGGAGGAGAAUUAACUCUCCUUGGGACCGCAGAUGACAUUUCAGCUGCCAAACAUUUUCUUGCCUCACAAAUCUCUGAAAGUCUUCCCAAGGCGACUGUGAAAAUAGUGACUCCCAAGCACAUGAUGAAUGGAAUUGAGGUUGACACUGCUCACUAUAAGCUUUUAGAAGCAGAGUUACUCCAGGAGAUAUCACAGAUAGAAAAAAAGUAUGACACUCAAAGUAAGGUUUUGAGAACAAGUCAGAAAAUCUGCAUUCUAUUUGAACCUAAAACCAAGGAGUUAGAUCUAUCUGUGCAUGCUUAUUCAAGUUUCAUCGAUGCCUAUCAACAUGUCUCAUGUCAGAUUGUGAGAGAAGUUCUUUUGCUGAAACUUUUGGGCAAGGAGACAAAGCACUUACAUGGGACCAAGUUCUCUGAUGACUUUCGAAAAAGGCAUCCAGAUAUAGACUUUGUGCUAAAUCAAGAGUCAAUGACUUUGAUUGGGUUGCCAAAUCACCUUACAAAGGCAAAACAGUAUGUCUUAAACAGAGGGGGAAUGUCUCCAUUAGCUAGAGAGAAAUGGAAUGAAACACCCACGGACACUGAUAGUAAUGAUUCAAAAACAGCUUCACCAACAUUGCAGCGCUCUGCCAAUUCUGAGGUGUCAGAAGUGGACAAGGAAAAGGACAUAUGUACCAUCUGUUUGAACACCAUUAGCAACAGAAAAGUGCUCUCAAAGUGCAAGCAUGAUUUCUGCAGCCCUUGUAUCAACAAAGCCUUGUCAUAUAAGCCAGUCUGUCCUUUGUGCCAGACUUCCUAUGGUGUCCAGAAAGGGAAUCAGCCAGAUGGAAACAUGCAUGUCGUUUUCAAAAGAGACUCACUUCCAGGUUAUGAAUCCUGUGGCACCAUUGUGAUUACUUACAGUAUUGAAGACGGCAUACAAACAAAAGAGCACCCAAACCCAGGAGAGAGAUUUUCUGGAAUAUGUCGAACUGCAUACUUGCCUGAUAACAAGGAAGGAAAUGAGGUUUUGCAUCUGCUUCGUAGGGCCUUUGACCAAAAACUGAUUUUCACAGUGGGAGACUCUCGAGCAUUAGGAGUCUCAGAUGUCGUUACGUGGAAUGAUAUCCACCACAAAACGUCCAGGUUUGGGGGACCAGAAAGGUAUGGCUACCCUGAUCCUGACUAUCUGAAACGAGUCAAACAGGAGCUGAAAGAUAAAGGAAUUGAGUAAGAAGAGUAUUGGAAGGAAAAGUUGAGCCAAGCUUGCAAAAGGCACAGUUGAAGAAGCAGAGUAAAUUCUAAUCUAAAUCCUUAUGUAAAAACACCUUUAAAAUUGUUUCAUCUCAAGAAGUGGUUUGUGGGGAAUUCCCCGGUGGUGCAGGGGUUAGGACUCCGAGAGCUUCCACUGCAGGGGGCACAGGUUCGAUCCCAUGGUUGGGGAACUAAAAUCCGGGCUGCACAGCCAGAAAAAAAAAAAAAGACGUGCUUUGUGUAAGAGUAAGAAUCUGCUGGUCUGUCAUUUCUGGAGUGUUACAUUUUCUGGAAGAUAAAAGCCCCGGAGAUCUGUGUAAUCUUGCUGCAGAGGUAGUGUGCCUCAUUCUUGUGUCAUCCUUGUGGAGGCUAGAGGGGAGGAGUGCUGUGGAUCUGAAAUCAUCUUCUGUGUUGUUCAACUGAAGUACCAGCUGUCAGUGGAUCCUCCUUUUAUUGCCAUCUCUCGGGUAGUCCUUCAGUUUUGUCUGUUUGCUCUUUGACCCCUACCCUAAAAGUAAAACCCUAAUGUGAAGGGUGCUCGGGUGGGAGGAGGGCUUUGGUUAUGGAAAAUUAGAGACCUACGGUCCCCUUCCUGCCCCAUGGCCAGAGGAGUGGCCAGGACAGAGCCUGAGCAACCUUGGUAAUAAAGGGAAUAAGGCUGUUAUUUUUGACAACACAGAGCCUGGUGAACAGUUGGUGCUUAAUAAAUGUUUGCUGCCUGACUCAAGUUGUUAGUAACCCCGCAGAGAAACAUGUUCCUUAAAUCUUUGGCAGAGGCAGGAGUAAGGAAGACAGCUCUGGAGUCCUCACCACUUAUUUGGGAAACGGAGUUUCUUACUCCAGAACUUGUGGCCUCUGAACUCUGACCGGCCUCUAACUUUGUCCUUGCUCCCUGCUGAUUCUUAUAACCUGCCAUAUGGUGUGCGCUUCCCCUGCCCUAGUAAUGCUACCCAUCUCUGAACAUUUUUCCCUCUGGAUAUUAUUGUACUUUUAUGUGUACCCCACUUGCAGUUUUAACAGAUAAAUCACAGGAAUCUCCACAGACUCUCAUUUUCUCAUGAGAAAAAUGAGAAAAAACCCUUUUCCUCCCUUUUGCUAAGUCCUACCACGUCAUGCUUUCUCCCUUAAAAUAUGUCUCCAUAAUAAUGUCUGGACAGAGAAAAGACUAGAGUCGUGCCUACCAUAAGGAAUACGGACAUGUCAAAAUUUACUUUUAAAUGGUUCCUCAAGUCGGAAGAAAGUUUUAACAGCAAACUAUCUCGUUAUCCAUGUCCCAGCCUCUCUCCAAAAAUGAUGAAAGAGAUGUCAUUUUCUUUUCCUAAAGAUACGUGUACACACAGUUUUCUUGGUCAGACAGUAAUAGUUAAUAUUGUAUACUUAUUUUGUCCCCUUUAUAAGAGCUUUAUAUCUGUGUGAUUGAUACUAUUGGUAUCCCCAUUUCAUAACUGAGAAAACUGAUGCACAGAGAGGAUAAGUACCUUGACAAAGGUCACAUAAUUAAUAAGCAGAAGUUCUGGGAUUCGAAGGAGUUAGUCUGGCUCCAAGGCUUCUGUGCCCUAGAGCUGUACUGUCUCCUACAGGGGUCUUUUCCUCCAUGGAGGAAGCUGAGGUGUUCCCAUUAUUCUGAGCUUCUCUCAGAAAUGGAUUCCUGCCCAGUGCUCAAGGCAGAUUUCCUCUGAGGAAUUCCUGUUUGAAGAACUUGAAAAACCAGAAUCUUUUUCUUUGUCCGGAGAGUUGAGGAAGUUUAAGGUAAAUGAUAUGUCUUUUUUUAAAAAAUCAGAUUAGACAUUUAGUUUUUGGUGAUUCAUUAAAGUCUUAGAGUUAUGAUUGUUUUGUAUCUAUGGGUAUUUUAGCUAAAUUUGCUUCAAAAAAGCAAAAGUUUGGUCCCUGCUAAGGGCUGGAUCCUUGAUUGCAACGUGUACGCAAGUUUCAUAGUGUGGUUUGUGAGCCUUUGGAUUACUGCUUUUGCUCUGUGGAAGGUAUUAUCAUUGAUAUCUGCUAUAAAUAAAGUUAUAUCCAUUUUAGGAA